GCUCCAGUGCACUUCGUUUUUGCGCGAGUCCGCUUCCCGCCGACAUGCCAACUCUGUCACUAUCGUUCGCGAUCGUUAGUACAUUUCGCGCGCUGCUCGCCGUGUGUUAACAUGCCUCGAUGGGAUCAGUGAUCAUGGAUCUCGAGACUCGUCCGCGAUUUCGCAGAAACGCGCGGUGUUCCACGAUGCUGGUGAUCGGUUCGCUGACGACGAUGUUCGCGGUCAUCGUUGUCGCCAAUCCUUUCCUCGACGCCGCGCAAGAAAUGUCCUGCUGUUCCUUGGCCGCCGGAUCUUGUCGCAGUGUCUGCUCCAAAAUCUCUCUGGUAGUGCUGGGUGCAGACGCAGCGGCAAGGGACAACGCGACGCGACGUUUGCUGGAGUUCUGUUCCCUCGAACUGACAGAAUUCUGGGGCUGUGUCAACUCGACUUUAAACGAGGUAAAGAGACAUGAGAAUUGGACUGGAAGGGGUUGUUGUUACCUGGCGCAAAAUCCUAUAUGUCGAUCCACGUGCGCCCUAGCAGGAUCCAGAAGGGAUCUGAAUGAGUCCUGUCGACCAAGCGACGAGCCCGAAUUUUUCUCUUGCUUGGAAAGACGCGAGGAAGCCGAACACUGCUGCAGCAACGUGUCCAACGAUACCUGUCGAACCAUAUGUCAAGAUCUAUUCUACAAGCCCGGGAAAUUUUCAAAUCUAAAAUUCUACAGUAGCAAAGGGUGUUUCCAUCAGAUUCCAAAGUGUCUGAAAAACGUGGCUGAAGUGAAACAUGCCGAAGAUCCGAAACAACAUUUGCAUUGUUGCAAUGAGGCUACCACUUCGGCUUGUCUGGACACGUGCAAAAAGAUUCUGCAUACGGCGACAACCGAUCAAGAAAUCAUGGACGCGUUGACAGAAAAAUGCAGACCAGUUUUGCCUCAGUCACCGUUUUGGAGCUGCUUACUAAAGUCUGGUUCCUCAAAGCCAGCUCGUCUACCUCUAGAUGCGGGCAAAUUGUCGUGCUGCACCAAAGCAACCAAACCAUCGUGCCAGAAUUUGUGUUGGAGAGCGUUUCAAGCAGACUGGGAGUCCGCAUGGCGUCAGCUUGAUACCGAAUGCUUGUCAUCGAGUCUAGAGGGAGAACUGAGGCGGUGUCUCGAGGAUACCGAUGACCCUUGCGAAAUGGGUUGCUCGGGACUGUCCUAUUGCACUCGAUUCAACGACAGGUCAACGACACUUUUUAGGAGUUGUUCAGCCGCAACUGACGAGGCAGCUAAAUUGGAAGCUGAUCAUUGGUCCAGAGGCGGAAUCGUUCGAGGGUUGGGUGUGCCUGUCCGAGCUGCUGCUUCCUGCCCACCGGAAACUCUUCGCGCAGCUGCAUGCCUAUUGCAACUGAGACCUUGCGAAACUAGGAUUCACGAGACAAGACUUUGUCGCGAAGAUUGUUUAGAAUUGAUGGCUAGUUGCGUGGACUGGUCCGCUAUCACUGGUCCUCACACGGCUGCGACGUUAUGCGCAAAACUUUCACCACCUAGAUCUGACGCAUCUUGUGUUUCUCUAAGGCCAUUUCUAGAGGACCCUCAGGAUAACGAGUCCGUGGUACGUCUCGAGGAAGAUAUUAUGACUCCCUGCAAGAGUAAUCCUUGUGCUCAGGGCGAAAUCUGUCAGUUACUUCAUUAUGGACGACAAGUAUACCGUUGUGUGCCAGCUUGUUCUUUGGGAGAAAUGUCGAAACAAUUAGUACCUGUAGGAUCUUGGGUACAAAUUCCAAGGUACGACCAACAAGGCUGUCUACGAAUUUGCCAGUGCACGCUACACGGUUUGGAGAAGUGUAGAACGUUAAAUUGCUUUAAAUUCAAUUCCUGCUGGGUGCACGAUCGCUUCAUUGCUCAUAAAGCCAACUUCUAUCUGGAAUGUAAUCCCUGUCACUGUUUCGAGGGCGAGUUUACGUGUUCUAAGAAGAAUUGUGGGGAGAUACGAGUUCCUUCGUUACCCUGCGAUUGUCCGGCUCAUUACGUUCCAGUCUGCGGUAGAUUAGGCUUCACUUUUGCAUCCGGCUGUUUGGCAAAGUGUGCCGAGAUGUCCGCAAACGAGGUGGAAUUCGGCAGCUGUUCCUCUCGGGAUCCAUGCGCAUCCAAUCCUUGCGACAGCACGGAGAAAUGUGUCGUACGAACCAGAGUAUGCUUGUCCAGGCUCCAUAAACCUUGUCGCCAGUACCAAUGUGUUCCUCUCGAUUGUGAUCCUCGAGAUGAAACCAGUGGCCCAGUUUGUGACAGAGAAAACCGCCAACAUCGAUCAAUGUGUGCUAUGAUUAGAGCUGGAGCUAGUUUGGGAUACAGAGGACAUUGUCUGGAAGGAUGUACCUUACGUGGUCCGGUUUGUGGUGCCAAUGGAGAGGUCUAUGCAAACGAAUGUGCAGCUUGGGCAGAGAGGACAGUGGUGGAUUAUUUUGGUCCUUGCGUAGCUGUUGGAUUAAUAGGCGAUCAAGCGAAGCCUCGUUGUGGCGAUCUGGUGCAGUGUCCACGAUUGAUCGAGCCUUACUGCGUUGGGGUCACACCACCUGGUGCAUGUUGUCCAGUCUGCGGUGGAGCAGCUAAACUUUUUUAUUCCAAAAAGCAGUUGGACAGGAUAUACUACAUGAUGGACGAGGAUGUGGAUAAAGAUUCGGUUACGCUCGAGGUCCUUUUAUCUGCUCUAGCACGACAGAUUCAAGUGGCACAAUGUGUUCUUCGAGGAAUGAUGACGCCGGACCGUGAUAUAUUCAUCGUUGUACAGCCUACGUCGAAGAGGCCUUCGACACUGCAGUUACGGGCUUGCGUGGCUGAGACUGAGAAGCUAGUUACCAGAAUUUCGGAGAGAAGCCCAAGGAUCACGGCGGAAGUACCCUUAGGCGCGCUCACCAGAGCGGAAAUUGCUCAUAGUUACAUAUCAAGUGCCAUGACCAUUGGGGGAUGCAUUAUGCAGAUCUUUCUUGGAGUUUUCGUUUAUAUUAUAACUAUGUGAAGAUCGAAACAGAAACGUAUAG